AUGGAGCGAUUAGUAGAAUCUGGUAUCACUGCAGCCGUGUUAAACAAUGCUGUGGCUGCAUUUAUUGCAACAAUAAUCAAAGAAAUGGGUCCAAGGACACCUAGACUAUGCCACAAUGAUCUAGAAUCAUUUGAUUAUCUUGAAGACUUAAAUAUCUUGUUUCCAAAAGGAAAGUUUAUUCACAUAGUCCAAGAUGGAAGAGCCACUAUUGCUUCAGAAAUAGCUAGAAACAUCAAUUCUAAUUAUACAUCUGAAAAUAUCACAGAAGCAAUUUUAACUUGGGAUGACGUAACAACACAAAUAUUAGAAGAUUGUGAAAACAUUGGUAGUGAAAAAUGUUUAACUGUACGUUAUGAAUGUUUAGUAUUGAAUCCACUCAGAGAAAUCCAGAAAGUUCUCCAUUUUCUCGAAUUGCCAUGGGAUGAAAAACUACUUAAAUAUGGAACUGACUCCAGUCGGACAGAUCAAUUAAUUCACAACAAUUCUCUAGAUGCAUGGUCAAAAGCGAAUUCACUCCUAUCAGAAGAACACAUCGAAUUCAUGAAUGAGAAUUGUUUGGCACUAAAACAGUUGGGUUAUCUUACAGAUGAAAUCCCACCGAAUUAUGCUACAAUCUGCAACAUCUAA